AUGACCAUUUUUUGUUUGCUGCAAAUUAGUCUGGUGCUGCUGUGCACCACCAAAAUCUCAACUCUGGAUUGUAAUAUUCUUCCCCUCCUGCACAACAAAGUGAUCCAGGGCAAUUUACACCUUCUGAACAAAAUGGGUCAACAAUUUCCUGAGCAAUGUCAAAGUGAAAAAAUUCACUUCAAGUUCCCUGAGCAGUUUCUAAAGCUCAGACAGAAAGAAAAUGCCAAGGUGGAAAUCCAGGAGAUCCUGCAACUGAUCUUCUAUAUCUUUACCAAAAACCUAACCUUAGCUGCCUGGGAUGGAAGAUCUCUUGAAAGAUUCCAGAAUGGACUUAAUCAGCAAAUUGAGCAUCUGGAGGCAUGUUUGACAGAGAAGAUGGAGAAAAAACAACCCUUCUCAAGAAGUGAAGAAAUCAUUAGACUGAAACUGAAAAAGUACUUCCAAAAGAUAGAUAAUUUUUUAAAAGACAAACAAUACAGCCUGUGUUCCUGGGAGAUCAUCCGCCUGGAAAUGAGGAGAUGUCUUCAGUUUAUUGACAAAGUUAUAGGAAGGCUUAGAAACUAA